GAACAAGCAUUGCUUGUUCUCAUAUCCAUCUCUCUGUCAUUCUAUCUUCUUCUCUUUUUCCCAUUUUUCGUUGACUAUCCAUUGCUUUUGAUUAAUCCAAGUUCUUAAUUUCCAUCUUUUUCAUCAUGGAAGAGACAAAGGUGUUGGAAGCUAAAGAAGGAACAAUUGCCGUUGCUUCUGCUUUUCCUGGUCACCAAGAAGCUGUGUCACAGUUUGUAGAUCAGACUGAUGGUUAUGGUAUGGAAUAUUCCUUGGAUAUGCUGUGUCGAUCCGGACUCGAGGCUGUACAAGAUAGAGACCACAAAUUCUUAACACAAGCAAUUGAAGAAGCAUAUAAAGGGGUUGAAUGUAAAGAUGGAGGGCCAUUUGGUGCGGUCGUAGUUUGCAACGAUGAAGUCAUUGUGAGUUGUCACAACAUGGUUUUGAAAAACACUGACCCUACUGCCCAUGCAGAGGUUACCGCUAUUCGAGAGUCAUGCAAGAAGCUGAAUCAGAUUGAGCUCUCAGACUGUGAAAUAUACGCUUCAUGUGAGCCUUGCCCAAUGUGCUUUGGGGCCAUUCAUCUAUCGAGAAUCAAGAGGCUGGUUUAUGGAGCCAAAGCAGAGGCAGCCAUAGCAAUAGGGUUUGAUGAUUUCAUUGCUGAUGCAUUGAGAGGUACUGGUUUUUACCAGAAGGCUAACUUGGAGAUCAAGCAAGCCGAUGGAACUGGUGCUGUGAUUGCAGAACAAGUAUUUGAGAAGACUAAGGAAAAGUUUACCUUGUACUAAUUUCUCACAGUUCCUUUUUAAAUCUUUCACAACUGAAAACAGCUUCAAGUUUAUGUUAAAAUUGUACUUUUUCAAAGUCAUUAAU